ACUCGCAUUUCAACCAGAGAUGAGAGUCGCAUCCAUGCUAACUGUUACCGGGACUGUGUGCUCCUUUCAGGUUCCUGUUUCUCGGAGUGGUUCACCGCCUACGUCCACCACGUCGUCUCGGGAGACUAUCCAAUCAUCAGAGACCAGAUCUUCAGGUACGUGCACGAUAAGGGCUGCGUGUCGACCACCGGCGACAUCACCGUCUCCGUUUCCACCGCCUUCCUGCCAGAGCUUUCCUCCGUCCAUCCGCCGCACUUCUUCUUCACCUACCGCAUCAGGAUAGAGAUGUCGAGCGG